CCUGCCUGUUUCUGCCUUGGGCUUGGUCGGAAAAUAGGUUAAGGGUUUUCCCGCAUAAAAUGUAACUAUUCCUCGUGAAAAACCUUCCAAAUGCUACCCACAAAGUUUGUUAUCCAGCCUUCAGAGUCUCUAAAGUGCUCACACUGCAGGGAUCUUAUAAACGACCCCGUCAUCUCCACGCAAUGCGGCCAUACCUUCUGUAGACUCUGUAGUGCUGAGAACAACAAAUGUCCGAUUGACAAAACUGCGCUAACCAGUUCUGACUUCGUGUCAAACUUGGCGGUGAAAGCGCAAGUUGAGGAUCUCUUGAUUUUCUGCCGUCAUGGCUUGACGCGGACUGAUUCUGAGGAGUCAUUUGAGAUAGACGAUGGAGGUUGUCCCGAGAGAAUUACGAUUGGGAGACGAAGCGAACACGAAGAAUCGUGCCUCUACGCUGUGGUUCCUUGUCCAAAUAGCUCAAAUCAGUGUGGGACAUUUCGGAGAAGAGACUUAGAAGAACAUUUGAAAGUUUGCAAUAGAUAUCGCUGUCAUUUUAAUGGAAAGGGAUGUGAUUUUGUUGGUACAAAAGAUGACAUAAAAAGGCAUUAUGAAAUAUGUGAAUACCGAAAUGGCGAUGCAAAACAGAAGAGCAUGAAUCAAAUUGAGUUUGAUUCAUUGGUUCACUCCAAUGAUGAAUUGAGAUCAACAGUCAAGGUGUUGUCUGAGAGAGUAUCUUGGCUAGAGAAGAAUCAGGAUGCCAUGGUGACACAAGUAGAGCAGUGUAACAGUGCGAUCUCCAGACUAACAGACACAGUUGAAGAGUUAUCCUACCAAGUAGACAUGCUUGGGUCCAUGCUAAAGAGAUCUUCAUUCUACUGUGAGCCGUCCGUCACAUCCAUACCAGACACAGUGAAUAGCACCAGUGCAGAUGAGUUAGCCCACUCUCCACACAGGGUGAACCCACGGGUGCGGCCAGUUAUGCCGAUACAGCAAGAGGCUUGGAUAAUUCCUUGUAUUUUCAAGUGCAUUGGGACACUGAGGGGUCAUCGUGGAGCCAUCUGGAGCCUUGUGUCCAAGGGCCAUCGACUGUUUAGUGGAGGCAGUGAUGGUAUAAAAGUGUGGAAUAUGGAGAAUGUGCGAAUGGCGCGGUGCAUCAGCAGUCUUGAUGGACACUCAAGUGACAUUCACACAAUGUGUGUUGGUGGGGGCAGGUUGUUCAGUGCUGGCUCGGACCAGACCAUCAUUGCAUGGAGUCUGGAUACACUGAAACAGCAUGCUAAAGUUGAGAAAGCUCAUGAUAACAUCAUCUGUGCAAUUGUCUACAACGGCAGAUAUGUGUUCACGUCCUCCCACUCCUGCAUCACGGUGUGGGAACCAUCAACGCUGGAACUUGUUCACACAAUUAAUGGCUUGCAUCACUGGGUUCGUGCCUUGGCGCUUGAUGAGAAAAGAGAGAAAUUGAUAAGUGGCUCCCACAAUGUCAUCCACAUUUGGGACACUUCUGGUAGCUUUGCCCUGCGCCGUAAGAUAGACCACACCCAUGGCUCGGUGUACUCAAUCACUGUCACCAAGCAGUUUAUUAUUGUGGGGACAUAUAACCAGAAUAUCCAUGUGUUUGAUGUCAAUGGACUCCAGCACGUUAAGGCACUCACCACACACUUCGGCACUGUCACUGGUCUCGUCGUGUCUGGACGGCUCCUUUUCUCCGCCUCCUAUGACACCACAGUACAGGUGUGGAAUCUCGACACGAUGCUCCCCAUGCAGACGCUGUCCCGUCACGAGGCGAGUGUCAACUGCGUAGUGGUCCACAAAGACCUUUUGCUCUCUGGUUCAGAGGACACGGAAAUAAAGGUUUUCAAGUACUUUAAGAUGGACCAGUAGUUGUCAUUCGUUUGUCAAGGAGUCAAGGAAACUAAGAACACGUGACCUACGUGUUGUCUCUAGCCAAUCAAGACCUAUCUUUACACGUGACCUACUUGUUGUCUCUAGCCAAUCAAGACCUAUCUUUACACGUGAUCUACGUGUUGUCUCUAGCCAAUCAAGACCUAUCUUUACACGUGAUCUACGUGUUGUCUCUAGCCAAUCAAGACCUAUCUUUACACGUGACCUACGUGUUGUCUCUAGCCAAUCAAGACCUAUCUUUACACGUGACCUACGUGUUGUCUCUUGUCAAGUCUGUCUUCACCUCUCUUGGUCGAAUUGCUCGUCUAUCGCUCUCUACAGCGACCGCUAUGCAAGGGAUAUUGUGAAUUACGCAGAGGCCUAUGUGAACGAGAUUGGAUGACGUUUGUAUGAUGAAGGCACGGACGGACUACGGGAUUGUGGAAAAAUAGCUAUUUACUCAUGGCAGAAGGAUUCCUUGUGCAUUGAUUAUUACCAGAGCCUGCGCCUUCACUAGAUUUGGCAGUUACGCCACGGAAAUUAGAGGCACUGUCAGACAGGAACUUAUUAUGAAUACUUCUUAUAGGUUAUUAUUAUAAUACUACUUAUAGGGUAGGAUAUUAUCUAGGAAUUCAAAAAUGUGUCGAACAAACUUGGUGACAGUUCGCUCAAUUCUCGGUUGAAUCUUCAAUUUAGGAUGGAAUAAAAUAUGAAUCUACAAUUUACAAAAUUUUAAUCUUAAUGUGAACAUAUGAAAGGAAAAUUCCCUCCCCAUCUUUAUGAGAAAAAUAGUUGCCCUGUUGACCAUGUGGACUUAUCUGAGUUAAAGGUUAUAUAACCUUUUUUUAUUAUUUUUGAUAUUUUUCUAUGUUUUUUUCUAUUACUUCGAGAUACGAUAUGAUAAGAUAUGCCGCACAAUUAUACUUCCCAUCCUCGAGUUACUUCCAUUUUUUAGUCAAAUUUACAUUUUAGUUUUAUAACUUUUCUUUCCUAUUCUGGAAAUGGGACACUCGCAUACCGAGUAUAAUAUUUCGAUACAUUAAUACAUGAAUAUUUAAUUGCAGAUUUAUAUAUAUAUAUAUAUAUAGAGAGAGAUAGAUAAACAAAAAAAAUAAAAGAAAGAUAAAUAACGGGUCAUCGAGUUGUGGUUGAUCUGGAAUGACUUCUAGUCAGUAUUACAAGUCAUAAAAAGGAUAACUUGGCUGUACAGUACCGCUCUCGAACAUGUGGACAUAUGUUCGCGAAAUUGUUCGCGAACAGCUGAUGUUCGCGAACACAGGUUCGCGAACAGACCGGGACAAACCGAUUGACAAACGGGAACUCGUACCGUGUAACCGAAGACUUACAGUACUGAUACUCACUUAAAAUACAUACAGGAGUUCUGCAAGCGAUUCAAAUAAAUUGUUCGUGUUAAAGUCAGCUGAGAGCUAUGGUUAUCGUUAAAAUCAGAAACAACAAAUUCAGUUAUAGUCUGAUAUGCCUUCAGUUCAAUUAUUUGUAGACGAUCAAGACAAGACACUUUCAAGUUUGA